AUGAACACAGAGCCCCCCAGUAUGCGGCCCCCCAAGAACCAAACCGCAUGUGGAGUCCCACUCGAAGUUCCCUUUUACUCCAGUCCAAGAGAUGAGAAACUUAAAGACGAGCCCAGGAGUAUCGCUGGGGCGUAUGUCAUGACAAAAGCGUCCGUAGAGGAUGGUCAGAGUGUGCUCAAACAGCUUUUGGACCGGCGUGCGAACCUUCCUGUUCCAUCUUGGGCAAGCAAAGCAAAAGCUUGGAGGCCUAGCAACAAUGGAAACAUAACCGCAAGCGGUGGGUAUCCGCUAGAAGGAGGAGGCGGCAGCACUGGAGUUCGCCUCAGCCCUGAUCUAUAUGGUAGGCGUGAUGAUGUGUGUGAAUACGUUCCGUUACUCCACCGAUCCGAGUUCCCCAGCUCAGCGGGUGAUCGGCAGCAGAGAGGCACCACGCAGGCUGACUUGGAUGGUUUUCAACGUAGUCCAAGCAAUGAAAUCGGAACACAAACAGAGGACCUAGUAGAACCCACAGAGGAUUCCGAAUUAAUUCCUAACCUUUCACAAACCACUCAUAGCAGCACCAUUGGGAAUGAUGUUGGAGAGGAGAGCGGUGAUCGCAAAAAGGGGGGACAGCUAACCACGCGAGUGUGCGGCACCUCACGUCAUAUCAUCUCUGAUCCCGUGGAUUGGCUCUCACAGGCGGCGGAUUGCCCACUUAUGGAUCCUGAAUUGUUCUCCUCCCACCCCACCCCUUUGACCGCGCUAAAACUUCACUCUCCUACCUUGUGGGAUGAUUCCCGAAACAACCUGAUGUCCUCCGAGGUUCAUCAGGAUGCUGAUGACGACAAGAACCCAAACAACGCUAUUCUGACAAAUGCAGAAGUGGUCGAGCGUGUUAACGCGCCUUUAAAAUCUAACAGAGCGAUCCAGAAGGACGUUCAGGAUGCUUUGGGAGAUCACAUGCUCAGGCCAGAAGAAGGGGGACCAGUAGAGGAAUCCAAGAAGGGCACUUCCAAAGAUAGUGCUACGGGGCUUAGCGAUCCCUCUGUGCGACUUCCUCACGCGAGAAAAGACGAUAAAGAGUCGUUUGUCUUCAACGUCUUCACCCGUCGUGUUGUGAAGCAAACCUCCCCCUCCGUGCAUGCGUUAUCGUUGAUCGGGAUCGCCGUGGAUGACGCCACGCAGGAGUUCGUCGUCAAGGAUGCUGCCGCGUUGCAAGAGGUAGCAAGGGCGAUCCGGCAAAAGCGCCUCUCAUGGCCAUCGGCGUGGUCGCGUGGUGGGUUGUAUGCGAGGCUAAAGUACCUCCUCCUCGACGAACACAUCGAGGAUCCUGCCGGGAAGGUGGAGGAGUUGCUACGAGCGCAAUACCAACGUCGGCGUGGCCUUUCACACACCGGGGUGGUGGUAGCGCCCCCUUCCGUUGAGAAUGCAACAGGGGAGUUGAUCGAGCCACCGCGAGCUUCCUUGCCGGCCGCGGAGGUUCCUCAGAAAGGUGAUGAAAGGCUCUUCACGAUGGAGGAUCUCAGCGUAGAGCAGCAAGCGGUGGUUCGUUUUGUACUGCAGGGCUACCACACCUACAUCGGGGGUGGGGCGGGAACGGGAAAAUCCGCGCUGCUCCACGUGUUGAAGCAUCGACUCCGACGGGAAGGCCUACGGGUCGCGGUAACCGCCACGACAGGGGUCGCGAGCAGCCACAUCGGGGGCUCCACCCUCCAUCAUUGUUUCGGGAUCAACCUCCACGGCGACUUCACACGACGGGCGGAGUUGGCCGCCUACGAUGCGAUCAUCAUCGAUGAGGUCUCCAUGCUCCCGAGGGAGCUUUUUGAGGCCCUGGAAUACCAGCUACGCCGCGCGAAUGGCGUGAAUUUGCCCUUUGGGGGGGUUCAAAUGAUCUUGUGUGGGGAUUUUAUGCAGCUGGGCGCGAUCGCCGCCGAGCCGAUCCUGCACUCCCCGGUCUUCCGUUCGAACUUUGCGAUGCUGAAGCUGAUGCAGGUGAUUCGGCAGAGUGAAAAUCCGAUUUUUGCGCUACAGCUUCAAGCCCUGCGACGUGGUCGGGUGCCUGCCGGACUCGAGAAGACCAUCCAGUUUAUUUCCACGAAACAAAGCCGCGAGGAAAGUGAUCAGAUCGAGCAGCUCCGGAAGCGUCAGCGCGCACAGCUGCAUGCGAUCGUGGCGAGUCUCCCCACCUCGCAACCCCCUGGCAUCCUUCCCCAGUCUUCUGUAACCGUCAACGGCGACGCGAUCCCCCCUCUCGAUGAGGUGGAAAACGAGAAUUCACCAACUCAAGCAACCCCCUCAAUCCACCUUGAUAACCUGGGCGACUUGGCACCAACGUUGAACAGGGAGAACUCGCCUGGUAGCCUUUCUCCAACACACUAUGUGGAGGGUGCCGUCAACCUCUUUCCGACCAACCAGCAAGUUCAGGAGACCAACCUCCGAGAGCUGGCGAAGCUACCUGGUGAGGUGGUUGUGUAUCACGCGCAGUUGCUGCCGCCCGCUCUAUCCGACACCUGGAGCCCAACCUACCUGCUCCAUGUGAAAGGCCAGGCCAAGUUGCAUGUGAAGAAGAUCGCGCGCGAGAUCGAGCUCUAUCUUAGUAUGUUUUUUGAAAAAGUGAAGGACUGGGAUUGGUGGUGGACGCGGAUGCUCGGGCAGCAAAAUAUCGUGCUGUAUCAUCUCUUCUCCGACGCCUUAGCGUUGCGGGUGCGCAUUCCGCACGGGUUCGACGGUGCGGCCGGCUUGCUCACGCAUAUGGCGGGCCUCGCGGAUUAUCUUUCCUCCCUUUCCGUCGAGGAGCUCGGCGUGCGGGUGCGCGAAAUCAUCCCGAGCGCCGAAGGUCUUCACACCGAGGAGGAUGAGUACAUUUUGGAGCAGUACGCGGCCCGCUCCCCCAUGAAUGCACCUUUACCCUUAAAGGUGGGUGCGCGAGUGAUGCUUCGGGCGAAUCUCGCCCCCGGCCUCGUGAAUGGCAGCCUGGGAACUGUGGUGGGGUUUCGCGAGCUCCACCCGGAUCAACUCCCCGCCCACCUCACCGCGAACCCGCAACGCGAGGAGGUCGUUCGCGGUUACGUUGAUUUUCUCCGCUACGAGCACGGCUUUGCCGUUCCGUUGCUUCCCGAGGUGGACUUUGGGGAUGGGCGGGUGGAGGUGAUCUUCCCUGCCAGCCAUCUCGUCGGGGGGCUUUCCAACACCCAUCAUUACAGCCUCUCGAUCGUCGCGCUCCCCCUCACCUUGGCGUACGCCUUCACGGUGCAUAAGGUGCAGGGGUUGACGCUUGUCGGCCGCGUGCAUCUGGAGCUCUCCCGGAUGUGGCCGUGUGAGCAUCUCCUCUACGUCGCGAUGAGUCGCGUGCGGAAUCCGGAUCAGCUGAGUAUCUCGAACUUUGAAGAACAUCUCGUCUGCGCCGGCGCGGCGUGCCUCGUGUUUGACGACAGCCUGCCUUCUGUUGAGCAGGUGAAGGUGCUCCCGCACUUUAUCCAGGCGACAUGGUUUCGCGCUCCAACUCAGCGGAAGAAGGCACUGCGUAAAAAAGAGCUCGAACAACUCAAGCAACGGCGCCGCCAGAAGGCAAAGGAAAGGCUGUGCGAGGACGCAAAGCGGAUUAUAUCCGAGCUCAGUAGCGCUACGGAAGCUUAG